AUGAAUUCAACUUAUUAAAAUAAAAUAAGCAGCAAUCUAACCCCUAGAAAACAAAAACAAAAUGAUAAAUAAUCUUUACUUUAAUUGUAAGAUCAAAUAAAUUUUAAUAGAACUAUUAGUAAAUGUUUAGAGAAUUCAACAAAUAAUAAAAAGAGAGACUCUUUCUUGAGUAUGCUUAUUUAGGAAUAAUAAUAAGCAAUAACAACAAGAUAACUAAGUGUCAAUAAAUCUGUAAAAACCUCUCCCAUAGAAUCGUAAACAAUAUAUAUAUUCAGAUCUCCUUAUUUAUAAAAAUCAACAGCUACUACUUCAUUUUCACACUCUUUAAUCAGAAAAAGUGUAGAACAAUCUCAAAAGAUUACGACUUAAUUUGAUAAAUUGUUAUAUGAAAAUUCGUCAUUAUUAAUGAGAAUCCAAGAAUUGGAAUAAAAAGUAAGAUAAAUCUUAAGAUAGUAAGAAUUCAUUAUUAUAGAUGAAAUGUUAAUCUUCAAGAAUUUAAAAUUUUGUAUUUAAAUAAGUUAAAUAAAAAAGUGACAUAAAUUAAAUAUUAUAAGCAAAUAAAAAUAAUGAAAAUGAAAAUAGAAUUUUAAGAGAAUUAAUUAAUAGACAGACUUCUUUAAUGCAUAUUCCAUCAGUUCUUUAAACAUUAUCACUUAAGAAAUGA